AUGCAGCAAACAACAGCUUGUCCUUUACCGGAGUAUCCUAAUCCAAUCUUUGAAUUCUUCUUCGACACCGCCAGGGCCGUGAUCAACUUGUUCUAUUCUGGCACGGUCUCGCGCUACUCCAACAUCACUUACAUUAUCCCUCACGCAGGCGGGUGCUUGCCACCACUAAUCGAGAGAUUCUCGAUAUCCGGGCGGGCUAUUCCCAACAUACCUGUCGACAGCUCUGUCAACCCGGAUUUCGUCAAGUCGAAGUUGAAGACCAAUUUCUACUUCGAUAUGGCGGGUACUCCUUGGCCUUAUCAAAUGCCCGCUCUGCUCGCCUUUGUUGACAAGGAUCAUAUCCUUUAUGGAAGCGAUUAUCCUUUCACUCCUGCCGAGUAUGUUGAACGCCUUGCUGAUGUCAUGGAGAAAUUCAUGCCGCAAAUCUUCAGCACAGAAGAGCAACAGGCCAUGGCAUACAAAGUGAAUGCUGAGAGGCUGUUUCGUGACCAGGCUGCGGGGGUCGAUAUGACAAGCAAGUCCGAGGACUCUCUAAGGAAAUAG